GUCCAUAUUUUUUUGCACUUACAUUUAUCUAAUGUGUAUUUUCCAUAUUUUUUAUUUUCAAAAUCUCCAGAGUUAUCUCAACAAUAGUCAGAAAGUAGCAGUAUGAAGAAUUUAGAAACAUUUAGUUUAUAUAAUUUGUAGUUUUGUUGCUUUUUUAAUUAUUUGGCAAGAGAAGACUAUUUGAGAGAAUGUAAUAUUUAAAAAGUCUAUUUCUUUUAGUAUUUUAAAACAUAAUUAUCAUAUUAUUAUAUAGGGAGAUUUACUAUUUAAUCCCUGGAUUUUGUCAUUAUUAUCGAGGCAGUCCCUGCAUUUUAAGAAAUCUACUAAAACAUCUCUCAAUUUUACCUCGGUUAACCAUGUAGUCCUUUCAUCCAUUUUCGCCGCCUUUUCAUUGAGAAAAGAGUAAAUUACCCUUAACUUCUAAAUUAAUUCUCACCCCUAUUAAAACAUCCGGCGACCACUUUGAGAGGGAAAUGGCAAUCUUCCCCGGCCAAAUCACAAGAAGUCGGCAGCAGCACCAAUGGGCAACCCUUCAUUGUCGUUGCCACGUACUUGGGUGGGGUACCCACGCCUAUGUGCGUCAAGUAUUCACGCUACCUUGAGCCGGACCAAAAAUUGCGGAGCUGCUAAACCCACCUGCGGCCCGUCCACUAGCUGCUGCGGCUGAGGUGGCAAGAGAGGACAGAAAAUUGACUCGCGAAGAAUCGCGGUUGAGCCUCAGGCUGAAGAGUUCCUGUGGGGUUUUGUUCAAGGAUAAUGCGUCAAUGUGAUGCAACUGAACGGAGAAGGUGGACUCCGUUGGGUUUGUUUCGGUGGCGGUGAGCGUUUCUGCUUGGUAAUCGGAGAGGAUGGGCUGGAUAGGGAGAGGGUUGAGAAGUAAGGUAUAGUAGUGGUGUGAGUGUGACAAAGUGGUGGAGAGAGAAAGGAAAAUGGUGACGGCAAACAAGAGAAGGGCAUUCCUCGAUUUUUCUUUCGCGGACAGGCAUCAUUACCAUCACAGUUCUGAAGAAUCUCCUUAACUCUACUCAAAUUCCCUGCUCGAGCUGCCAAAUGAAUUUGUGAGCCAACUCGCUUUCGAAGUGACUCCUUACUCUUCUUCCUCUCACCACCACCAAUAAAACUAAGCUCCUCUCCAUCGCAGCUCGAAAAUUCUUCUGUUUCUCAAGUGCCCCACGAAAGCUUGGACGCUUUUCCAUCUGUUCCCUCAUUUGCAUCCACCUAAGCCAUCUUCCAUUGAACGCGCCGCCACUAUCGGAGAUUUAAGCUCGAGUCCCACCAUGCGGAGUCAUCUCCUCUUCUCAAUUGCCUCAUCUGCAUCCUCCUUUUCUCGCUGCGCUUCUUACCUCCUCUGCUCAAUAGAAAGACACCUCUUGUUUUGCCCUACACCUUCAAGGGUGGUCUGAGGUCGGCGAUUUGAGUGGCACGAGUGGUGGAGGAGAAGGUGGCGAUUCGAUUCUCUUUGGCUAGAAGGGCAAUUCAGGGUUUUAUAAUUUUUCUCUCUUCUUAUUAGGAUUUCAACGGUCGGAGUAAAAAAUGGCCUGGAAGGACUCUUUUUUUAAUGGAAAUAAAAGAGAGAGACGUUUUAAUAGGGUUUUGAAAAUAUAGGGACUGACUUGUAAAUAAUGGCAAUAUCUAGGGAUUAAAUAGUAAAUCUCCCUAUUAUAUAUAUUUUAAAUAUGAUAAUAUGUGGCAAAUUAAUUUUUUAAUAUUAGUUUAAUGUAUUUUAUGUUAUUCUAAAAAAAAUGUAAUUUAGUGUUAUUAACAUUUAAAUUCCCUCAAAAAAUGUAAUGGUGUGUUGACAGCGAGCCUUGCAAUCAGCGAAUAAAAUUCAACCAACCCACCGAAUCCAUCAAAUGGUUGCUGUUGGGUUGGGUCGGUUCACUUGAAAAAAUUGCCAAAUUUAAUCUAUGUUUGGAUCAAGUUGGUUUGGAUAUAAAUUUUAUCCAAAUCAGCUUAUGAACAACCCUACCGCUCCACACUUGGCCUCGUCCUCAUCUUCGCGAAUCCAGCAGCUCCUCCCGUUUGGCUGAGAAAUCUGUCUGAGUGUUGGGUAUAGUCUCAAAUUUCUGUUUUAUGCUUGGUUUUUGUUUGUCAAAACUCAUAUUAUGUUCAUUUGCGUUUAUAUUAUGUAUAAGCCUCAUUUCUAUACUACAUACUUGGAUAAGCCUCAUUUUUAUAUUAUAAUAGAAAUGUGAGUUCUCUAGGAAUAGUACAUCUAAAAUCAAUUAGUGUUAGUGUUGGGGUGUUAGUGUGUUGUUUGGGUGUUAAGGUGUUAAAGUGUGUGUUUAAGUGUUAAAUGUUAUUGUUUGUUUAAGUAUGAAGCGUGUGAAGUGUGAAGCGUGUGAAGUGUUAAGGUGUUAAAUGUUAAAGUGUUUGUCUCAGUGUGAAGUGUAAAGUGGUGCGAAGUGUUUAAUUGUUUAAGUGUGGAAGUGUGGAAGUGUGAUGUUUAAGUGUUAGUGUUUGGUAAGUUUGAAGUGUGUGAGUGUGUUUGUGUGUUAAGAUGUUAAGUGUUUAAGUGUGAAAGUGUGAAGUGUGAUGCUUAAGUUUUAGUGUUUGUUAAAGUACUUAUUAACUAUUUUUUGAGUGCUUGUUAAGUGAUUGUACAAAUACUUAAGUGCGAAGUGUUAAAGUGCUUGUGUGUUUGGGUGUUUAGGUGUUAAGUGUGAAGUGUGAUAUUUAAGUGUUGCUGUUUGUUAAAUGUUAGUAUUCGUUAAGUCCUUGUGCAGUGUGUUUGAAGUGUUUUGUUAAGUUCUUGUUACGUGUAAGUGUUUGUUGAAGUGUAUAAGUGUGCAAGUGUGUUUGUGUGUUUAGGUGUUAAGGUUUUAAGUGCUUAAUUGUUUAAGUGUGGAAGUGUGAUGUUUAAGUGUUAGUGUUUGGUAAUUUUGAAGUGUGUUUGUGUGUUAAGUGUUUAAGUGUAAAAGUGUGAAGUGUGAUGCUUAAGUGCUAGUGUUUGUUAAGUGUUUGUGAAGUGUUUGUUAAAGUACUUGUUAACUUUUUUUUAAGUGCCUACUAAGUGAUUGUACAAACACUUAAGUGUGAAGUUUACGUGUGACUUCAAGUGUUUACUGUAUGUUAAGUGUUUUUGAGGUGUUUGUUAAGUGUUUAUGAAGUGUUAUGGUUAGGGUUAGGAUUAGUGGUUGAUUCUUAAGGCCUGCAGUCUUCGUGUUACUUUCAUUCAGAUAAGUCUCUUCCUCUUCCUUCUUCCUCUUUUAAGAAAAAGGAAAAAGAGUAAAUAUUUUUUUUAUGUUGAUAAAUCCAUAUAAAAAAGGUGGAUUUUGUAAUUUAUGAUCAUAAUUAUUUUUUUCUGUUUGCAUUUCAUUUUUUUUCAUGUGCUUUUUUUAUUUUAUUCUGUAGAUGUGGAACUUUUUGAUUUCUUUUGUAUAUAAUUUCUAAAAAUCAAGUAAUUUUCAACUAUAAUUCUUUUACUAUCUCUAUUGAUUAUUGUUUAGAAAGCAUCACGGCUUAAAAGGUUGGGAAGAAAAUGACCAUUUUUUUCUGUUGUUUGAAAGGUGAAUUUGGACAUUGGAAAUUUUGAAUUUUCUGGAUAUCAAGUUUACAAGAGACAAUGUUAUCAUUGCUGGAAUAACUUACGAGAUAAGGAAAGAAGGGGAGAUUAUCUGAAAAAACUGUCAAGGAGAUUUUGAGUCCAUGCCAUUUAUCGAGAUUCUAGGGCAGUUCUCAUAUUCAGUUGGUGAACUUGGACAUUGAAAAUUAUGAAUUUUCUGGAUAUCAAGUUGAGAAGAGACAAUGAUAUCAGUACUGAAGAAAUUUAUCAGGUGGAAGAAGCACAAUUGGCACUGCGCAACAAUGUAUUGGCAGUAGAUGAAGAGGAAGCCAAAACUUGACGGGUGCCUUCUAAUUCUUAUUGCAGUACCAAGUAUUCUCAACAUUUUGGAUGACGAGCUUAUUAAGGGUGUUGGUAAUUGCAUCUUGAGCUGUCAGAAUUAUGAAGGUGGUAUUGCAGGAGAACCUGGCUCUGAAGCUCAUGCUUCUCAGAGAUCUAUGGAUUUGAUCAUCAGGUACACAUUUUGUGGAUUGGCAGCAAUGAUUUUGAUCAAUGAGGCCAAUCGUUUGGACUUGGCUGGUUUACUUGACCGGGUGGUUUUUCGACAAGGAGUGGAGUGUGGAUUUCAGGGGAGAACAAACAAGUUGGUUGAUGGUUGCUACUCCUUCUGGCAGGGAGGUGUAUUUGCAUUAUUAAAAGGAUUACAUUCAGUUAAUGGUGAACAUGUGGCUUUUUCGGAUCCUGAAGAAGGAGAUAGUGCUACAGAUGGCACUUCUGAAGGAGAAGAUGGAAAUUCCUUGGGGACUGAUGAGACUUGCCAUAUUAAACGGGGAGGAGAUGGAGAAAUGGCGCCCCUUUUUCACAGCGUGGCCUUGCAGCAGUACAUAAUUUUGUGCCCACAGGAACAGGAGGGCGGAUUCAGAGACAAACCUGGGAAGGCCAGGGACUACUAUCACACACGCUAUUGUUUAAGCGGCCUCUCUGCUACCAUCGGCGUUCGAUUUUGGUGCUUGUGUCACAAAAAUUAACAAGUCUAUCACCUAUUUGGUGCUUGUGUCACAAAAAUUAACAAGUCUAUCACCUAUAUUAUCAUCGGCUUUCGAUUUCGGCAUAACGAUCUCUAUCAUAAAAAAUGUCUAAGUCUAUCAAUCUUGCUACCGCAUAAAUUUAUUCUUGAGAAUGUUCAAAGUAAUAAGUUGAUGGAUGCAUGAAUCAACAUAUCGUAUUUAUUAUUUUCUUUA